UAUAAUACCGAGAACACGGCGGGCAACAGCUCUACUGCGCAUGUGGACACGAAGGACAUGGCGGCGUACCACGUGACAUCGGACACAAUUCCCAAGAGAGAGUGACCAUACUGGUAUUAGGUAUACUGUGCUUCAGGUCCAUGAUCCGACUAUGGCCGGAGAGUGGGAAUCGUCUUUCAGUAGCCGACUCAAUCAAAGACGAGGCAAGCAGAUAUAGCAUUCGUUUCAGUAAAUGUCGCCAAAUCAUCUGACCUGGCGUUUCGACGAGAGCGUAUUGCUGACAUUAUUUUACAAACGAUUUUGUAACACGUAAUUGACGUCAUAGUAAAUGCGUAUAUAUGUAUUGCGGCAUUCUUACUCCGUCCCCUGGUACCGAAAGUGAUGGAUCUACUAAUUCCGUUGAACGAAUCGCGACGGCGGAUGGAAAUGUACCCAGCUUACUACUUCACUGACAGUCCAGACAAGUAUUACUAUGGGAUUAUCAUAUACACGACAUUAUGUACGAUCUUCGCCAUGAGUGUCUUCGUCGCGUCGGAUACGAUAUUGAUCUACUCGGUGCAACAUGUUUGUGGACUCCUCGCACUCGCUGGAUCUCGUUUCAAGUACAGUUUGGACAGCUUAUAUUCGUUAACAGACGAUACGAAAGUCGACAACGAGAGAUUGUACAAAAAUGUAUGCGACGCCAUUAAUUCUCAUAAACGAGCUUUUGCGUAUCUCACUGAAAUCGAGAGCGCGUAUGCCAUAAACCUCUUCGUACAAGUCGGCGUGGUAAUUAUAUCUUUCACCAUAACAUUAUUCCAGGCAGCCACGGUGUCAUUUAAUAUGGAAACCUAUCAUUACUUCGGAUUUGCGAUUUCUCAGUUUGUACACAUCUUCUUCCUUACGGUUCAAGGUCAAUUCGUGAUCAACUUACAAGAUAGCAUUUACAUUAAAACAUACGAAACGUGCUGGUAUAGGGGAAACGUUAAGACGCAAGCAUUAUUCGUUAUGAUUCAACGCAGGAAUCUGACACCACCUCAACUGACGGCUGGCGGACUGAUAGAAUUGAAUUUGGACACUUUCGCAGAGGUCGUAAAAGUGUGCGUCUCAUAUUGUACCGUCCUGAGGUCUACGUAAACGAUGUAAUUAAGGCAUAUGGAUUUUUACACGCUACAUGGUAAUGAGUUGAGAAAUAUAUACAUUAAGUGAUAUAUUAAAUACACGUAAAGUUUAGUCAAUAAAUGGAUGAAUCUAAAUCUUUCAAAAGUA